UACUUGACUACGUGACGUGCGAGUGAAUUGUAUGCUGGGAUAUGCCACGUUGUUAGCGCAUGCGUUGUAGGCGAGUCACUCGCUACCAUCAACAUGAAUUACUUCCGAAAGGUUUUAGGAACUCCUCAAGGUGGCAAUCAACCAUCCAGUGCUGAGACGAUUGAAAGACUCUGUGAUAGAGUUCAGUCUUCGACAUUAUUGGAAGAUCGACGAGAUGCUGUCCGUGCCCUUAAAUCAUUAUCAAAGAAAUAUGCUCUGGAGGUUGGAACUCAGGCAAUGGAUAUCCUUAUCAAAGUGCUGGAGACUGACAGGAGUGACGCCGAGAUUAUUGGUUAUUCUCUGGACACACUUUGUAACAUAAUGUCAAAUGAACCUUCAGAUGAUGAUUCUAUGUCACUGACAGAAGAUGAAUUGUCAAAUCACAUUCCAGAUGACUUAGGGGGUCAGUUCACUGAAAUUUUUAUAAAGUCCACAGAGAAUGUCACACUAUUACUAUUGCUAUUGGAAGAAUAUGAUUUUCAUGUUCGUUGGCCAAUUGUGAAGUUAUUGACAAUUCUUCUUACAAACAAAAGUAAAGAAAUUCAAGAAAUCAUUUUGAUAAGUCCCAUGGGAGUUUCUAAACUGAUGGAUCUUUUGUCUGAUAGUCGAGAAAUUAUUAGGAAUGAUGCGCUGCUUUUACUGAUUCAGCUCACUAAAGGCAAUGCAAAUAUUCAGAAGAUUGUUGCUUUUGAGAAUGCUUUUGAGAGAUUGCUGGAUAUUAUCAGAGAAGAAGGAAAUAGUGAUGGAGGUAUUGUUGUGGAAGACUGUCUGUUACUGAUGCUGAACCUAAUGAAGACUAACACAUCAAACCAGAAUUUUUUCAAGGAAGGAAGUUACAUUCAAAAACUGACCCCAUAUUUUCAACUUGAAUCUUCUUCUCAGUCAGCUGGUUGGUCAGCCCAGAAAGUUACCAACAUCCAUCUUAUGUUUCAACUAGUCCGAACCCUCGUCUCUCCUAACAACCCACUCAAUCAAACAGCAGCUUGUCAGAAAGUUAUGAACUCCUGCAAUUUGUUGAAGCAGUUAUGUACUAUACUAAUGGCCAGUGGUGUUCCGGCAGAUGUCCUAACAGCGACCAUCAAUACUGUGUCUGAAAUAAUUCGAGGAAACUUAGCCAACCAAGAGUUUUUUGCAUCUGUGAUGGCACCAUCAAAACCACCUAGACCUGCCAUUGUGGUUCUGUUGAUGUCUAUGGUGAAUGAAAAACAACCUUUUGUCCUACGAUGUGCUGUUCUCUACUGCUUCCAGUCUUUCUUAUUCAAGAAUGAAGUUGGCCAAUCUCAGAUUGUGCAAACACUUCUACCCACAACUGCUGAUGGUGAGAGAAGCAAUCACGUGAAUACCAUCACAGCUGGACAACUUCUGUGUGGUGGCUUGUUCAGUGGCGACUCAUUAUCAAACUGGUUUGCUUCAGUUGCUCUCCUGCAUGCCAUUUUAGAGAACAAUACACAACGAGAACAAUUACUUAGAGUACAGUUGGCUACAAGUCUUGGUAAUCCACCAGUAUCUUUGUUACAACAAUGCUGUAACAUGUUGGCACAAGGUGGAAAACUGCAGACACGCAUUGGACUUUUAAUGUUAUUGUGUGGCUGGUUAUCUGACUGUUCUAUUGCUGUUACUCAUUUUCUUUGCAAUACAGCUAAUGUGCCUUACCUGAUUGCUCAGAUUUCAGCAUCUGAAGGAGAAGAACAAGAACAACUUGUCCAAGGCCUCUGUGCUUUUCUUUUGGGGAUCAGUGUACUUUUCAAUGAUGACCAGAAUGAAACUUUUAACAAGGAUUCUUUGUGCAAAAUCAUUGCUAACCGUAUUGGGAUGGAAACAUUUAUUGAUAAACUAUCUCAGGUGACAAAGAAUGAAAGUUACACAAAAGCAGCAAAGAAAGCUCACCUUAAUUACAAACAUCCAAAUGAAGUGAUCUUUGACUAUGAGUUCACACGUCUAUUCAAAUCGUUGGAAAAUGAAGUUUUAAGAGCAGUAUCUGUGUCUGACAGCAAAGGGAAAACUGGUCUCUCUGCUAGUAUACAUGAACAUAGUAGUAUUGUGAUUCAAUACAAAGAAUUGAUUAGAGAGCAAGAUUUACAAUUGAAUGAAUUACGGAAAGAAUUGAAAGGAUAUAAGUCUCAAAGUGAUUCCAAUAAAGAAGAAUUUGAGGAAUCAAAGCAACAAAUCCAGCAGUUGAAAGACCAGAAUGCUGUUUUGAAAGCUCAGAAAGGAAGUCAAGAUGGGAAGAAUGAAAUAGCCCAAUUAAAACAAGAAAUUGAAACAUUACAAACAAAACUAAAAACCAAAGAUGAUGAAAUGAAACAAAUUUCAGCUGAACUGAUUGCAGCAAAAGCUGCUUGUGUAAAUCUUAAUGAGUUAACUAGUGAAGAAAACAAAGAAAACUGUCCAACGGAAACAGCCCGACUACAUGCUAGUAUCCAACAGUUAUCUUCUGAACUCAGUGAACUUCGGCACACGGUUGCAGCAAAAGAUGAACAAAUAAAGGCAACACUUUCACAAAAGGAACAGCUUGAGAAAAUGUUAGAGUUCCAAAUGUCAUUGCAGAAGUCUGACAGCAAGGAUGAGACUUCAUCAGCCUCUGAAGAAAGACUGAUUGCUCUCGAUGAACAAGUUAAAACAGUGCAGAAUGAAAAAGCUUCUUUACAAACACGUUUAACAAAAUCAAAUGAUGAAAAUUUAAAACUUUUGGAUAAGAUCAAGAAAUUGGAAGAGGAGAAAACUGCACUAAAUAAUGAAAAGGCUAAUGUAUUGGCUGAUACUGAAUCACUGAAGAAGGAACAGGAUGAUCUUUUGGUGCUGCUAUCUGAGCAAGAUGGCAAAAUUGAAGAAUACAAAGAGAAAUUAAAAGAGCUUGGAUGUGUUAUUGAAGAUGACGAUGACGAGGAUGAUGAUGAUCUCGAUGUUGUUGAUCUCGAAUAUGGUCCUGAUGAGAGUGAUGAUGACAAAGAUUCAUGAUAUAACAGCAAAUGCCAUGAUGUACUGUACUAAUAAAAAAAAAAAUCUUCCAUGAGAUCCAGUUGAUCCAUUCUAAACUGUUUGUCUUAUUAUCAAAGUAGGAUUCACUUUACCCCUCACUUAACACAUUCACUCACAGACAUUUAAACUCUCACACAAACGAUGUGAUGUUUGUUUAGCAAAAGGACACAAUGUGAUAUUCCACUAACAUCUAUCAGAAAAUGUUCAAUAAAUCAAUUCCAGUGUUUUGUGAGAGAAAAGUCCAAUCAAUUUUUUUUUUUUUUUUGGGAGUUGUUACUACUAUCAAUGACUGCUUCUGGUUGAGGGUUUCCUUGGUAACUGUGACAGCUACUCUGUUAAAAGUUCUUCUCAUCUCUCUCUUUCCUAAUUCAGUUUUUUAUGUGAACAUCUUUACUGUUUAGCCCUCUGAAGGUCGCUCACUUGUUGUAUAUUCUACAACCAAGUGUAGACAGAUCCUGUUCACAACAUUGUGCAUACAUACAGGCCUCCACAUGGUGACAUUGUCUGUAUAUUCAACCCGCCAUACUGCGCCACAUCUGAUAGAGUUCCACAACACAUCUCUAAAUGAAGUUACAAAAUGAUAUGAUGUGACCAACUUCUAUAUUAAUUUGUUUCAUAAAUAUUUACAAAAGUUGCUUCAUUCUUUUAUCCUUUCUUUCAAUAAUUGUACAAAAUUUCAGCUACAUUUUCUUGUCGGUUUUUUUUGUGUUUUUUUAAAAUACUUGAGUUUGAAAGAAAAUGAGUUUCUAAUUAGCUACUAAGUUUGUCUAUAAGUUAUUUGCUGAAUCAGUUAUUUUUUAUUCUUGAUUUUGAAAAGUUGCUAAGAGAGUUGACUGCUAUUGUUCUUAUUAUUCUUACUCCUGGGUUCAAAUCCUGCUAUGGUCGGCUCUGUCUUUCAGCCUUCCAAGCUUUGAUGAAAUACAUACCAGUCAAAUACUGGAGUCAAUAUAACCUUACUAUACCUUCCAGCAAAAUCUGUGGCCAUGUGCCUAUGAUAGAAGCCUAUGUACUUAGUUCCCUUCUAUUCAGCUGUUUUAAAAUUCUCUUUUAUUCCCUCUUACUAAAUUAACAAAACUAUUUCUUCCUUAAGUAAUAUAUUCUUGAUUAUUAUAUACCUCUGCAAUAUUACUACUGUUAUUACUAAAAGGAAAUAUAUUUUUGAGAACUUUAUUCAUUGUUUUCAUUGACCUUUCCAACAUAUAGAAAAAUAAAUCUUGUUAAUUAAUGGCUUGAACUAAUAUUAUAUAAAAAAAACAAAAUCUUCAUUUUGUUUUUCCUCUUAUAAAAAAAAUAUCAAUAUUGUUUCUAGUUAAUAAGAAUGUUUGGACGUAUUGGCAUACACUUAAGUUGUAUCAGCAACUUGUUCAUUUCCAAUUGUAUGCUCUUCAUUCUUUUGUAUGUAUGUAUGUGUGUGUGUGUGCAGACACAAACGACACACAUUUAUUUCUGUCAUCUUUUAACAUUAGACUUUUCUCUCUUAUUAUCUCAGUUAUUCAGGUUAUUUCAAAACACGUUUCUCUCUGUUCUCACUCUUAUUUUGCACACUGUACUUCAUUAUGUUCAAGUUAGGAGAAUCGUUAGAGCAGUGGGGGGAAAAAAAACAAAAAAAAAACAAUACUAUGCAGUGUUUGUUCCAGCUCUUUACAUUCUGGGUUCAAAUCCUGCUGGGGUCAACUUUGCCUUUCAACCUUUUAGGGCUGAUAAAAUAAAGUACCAGUUGAGUAUUGAGGUCUGUGGCAUCGACUAACACCCACUCUCUCUAAAAAUUGUUGGCCUUGUGCCUAAAUCAGAAACAAUUAUGUUUAUUGUCUUUUACAUAUUUGUCCUUGGUAUAGUUCAGUUUUCAUUAUAUCUUAAUUACUUAGAUAUAUCACCUCUUUAUAUAAAUGUGUGUGUGUGUGUGUGUGUAUAUAUAUAUGCAUACACACAAAUACAUACAUGUAAGUAUAUAUAUAUGUAUGUAUGUAUAGAAACACAUACAUGCACACACACACAUGCAUACCUCUGCCCAUACAUAUUUAUAACUUUGCAUCAUUAAUUAUAUUUAUUUUUAUUGUAUUUCUGUUUUACAUCCAUCACUCCAUGUUAACAUUACUGAAAUGGAUUUUGGCAAAUCUAAAUAUUUGCAUCAAGUAUUUUCUAUGUGAGUGUGUGUGUGUAUGUGUGUUUACAAUUAGAUGCUCUUCCUGACAUUAAUCCAGUCAACUGUAAAUUAAAGAAGUGUUAUCUAAAAGCCAAAGUUGUAAAUUCAGUCUCCAACGAUAUAUAAAUGUUUACAUUUACAAAACCAUUUCCCCGUAUGAAUGAUAGCAAUGGAAAAAUGGGUUUAAAACUUUGAAAAAUAGGAGGGGCGGGGCAGGGGGAAUAUAAAAAUGAUAGAAGCUUUAUUUUGUACAAAAGUGCUGGGUCUAGCAUCAAAUACUGGUUGAUAUUAAGAUUGCCCUGAUAUGGCCCUGUUGAAGUGCCUAGAGCAGUGUUAGAGUUGUUCUGAUUUUCACUGAAUAAAAUACACCAAAUCCUCCAUUUAUUGGAAAA